AUGAUAAACACCUUUCACACUAGCUACAAUCCUCCACCGGUGCCUCCACGGGCAGGAUACAGCAGAACUCAGCCACCAGGCAACACACCUUUAGUCAAGUUUUUGUCUGUGAUGCUACUGCUUUUAAUGAUGCUUACCUUUGGAGGAUUCCUCUACCUGUUCCAGAAGCUGAAUGUGCAGCAGCUCCAGGGCAAUUACUAUGAAGAUUUGACAAUCCUACAAAGACUGCAGGACUGUGCAGAAGUCAAUGUGGGGGAGGAUGCAAUGAUAGACUGUAACAAACUGAUGGACAAAUAUAAGGCUGUCAUAGCAAAGAAUUCAGAAGCAACUGAAAAAGUGAGGUUACCUGGAAUGCAUUCUUUCAAAAGACCAGCAGCACACAUGAUUCUACAGAAUGAACAUACAGCUAAACCCCCCGAUGGAAGUUCAUCAAAUAAGCUUCAAUGGGACCAAGACCACUCAUUCCUGCAGGAAGUACGGCUCAGCGGUUCAAGGGACAUGUUGACCAUUCAAUACCCAGGAAUAUAUUUAAUCUAUUCUCAAGUCACCUUCUCCAAACAAUCUGACAGUGCAUUAAUGCAAGCUAUAAAGAGUAAAGAACCUCAGGGAAGAAGGAACAAAGACAAGGAGAUACUCCGGUCUUUUUGCAGCUUGAACCCAAAUAAAUCACAUUUGUGUACUGCCUCACUUUCUGGGGUUUUCCAGCUAAAGAAAGACCAGCAGCUCUAUGUUACAGUAACAAACAUAUCCUUGGUGAAUAGAGACUCCUGCAGCUUUGGAUUAUUCAAAUUACAGUAACGAACAGUCUGGCACUGAACUGUUCAAGUGAUGGAUGAUACGAGUUUGCCAGGGGAUUGAACGGAUUACAGAGGCACGAUAAUUAAACAUGGAAAAUGACACACUGAUGUACAUGCUAUUUGAAAGACAUGAACCUGAGAUCAUUUCCAGUGAAGACUUCUCCGUUACACCAUCACAUCACAAUCCUAGUUCAGGACAUAAAAGGAAAUUUGACAGGAAUUGGGGGACAACAUUUUAGUCAUAUUGUUUAUUGCAAAUUACACUCUGAUGAAUACCAUGAAUAUUUUCCAAUUAUGUAGUAAAUUUGUGAUAAAUUAUUUAUUGCUAAUUUAAUGUAUUCUCGUGGUUUGCCCUUUACUUUCUGAAUUGCUUUUUAAUAACUAUAAUAAAAUAUUUACCAUAUUUAUUCAGGGAU